UGAGAAACAAGCUCACAAGGAAAUUAGCACGCCGUCGCCGUCGCCGCCGCCGCUGCGGGCCCACCAGAAGCAUGAAUGCCGACACGCCCAUUUUGCAACUGUGCAUGAUGUUUACAGUGCUACUGUUGUCGCUGGUCGUCUUGUUCGCUGUGGGCCGUUGGGUAUGGAAGAAGAAACCGACGAGAGGGACCGCCGUCUCGGGCAGCGGUGAAUUGCUACCCCUCGUGUCGACACCGAGGAGCCCGCAACCGGCAUCCAAGGACGGCAUUGCCAUGAUCACGACAAGUGGCAAUGGUCCAGCCACUGCAAUGGAAUGGGUUCGAGCAAUAGGAACGACGAUUGCAUUUAGUGUGUCGCUGGUCGUGAUGUGGUUCUGGUGAUAUCCAACGGUCGACCGGCGGGUAGACAGGAACUAGCUUCCGCCGCUCCGAGGAGCCUUCCCAUCCAGCGCACCCUUUCCAUGAGCGUGAGUGCAUGGUAGAUGGCAUUUGAUCCAUCCAUCCUACCAACGGUAUUAUCGCCGCCGCACAACACAAGAUGUUUGAUUUACAGUUCAGUACAAUUUAAGUAUAGUAACCACCAAAAGUCGUAUUUUUAUUCAAAAAC